CUUCAAUUUACUUGUCGCGAUUCGCAAACGCGUUUCCUCUCGAUCACGGAGCUGUCCCAAUUGUCCGCACAUAGCUUACUCUCGCUCAGUUAUCGCCAUGUCGUCUUCCAAAUCAUCUAGUCCUAAACACGCCGUAAACAACAACACCGCAUCUGGCAGCGCCAAUUGCCUCCGCGACCGACUUGCAGCAAUUCUCCCCCAGGGCCACAAGUUCGGAAUCCACCACAUCUCGACGCCUCCAACACGAACCGAGCCCCUCUGCGCAGCCCCACCAGGUCAACGGCCGGACAAGACUUACAGGGAAAAUCAUUUUCUCGCCGUCUCGAUUUACCCUCGGGAGGGGACGGCUCCGUCCUUGAAACGAGCGUCGCCCGGUGCAGAACCCGCCAAGGAGGCGGACACCAGGAAACCGGCAUUGGUUUUCGCAAUUGAGGUUCUCAUAUUUACCACAGCCUACCAGACCACCCUCUUCGUCUCCAAAGCCGACUCGACCGGCUACCUCCAUCUACUCAACCUUCCGAAGGGCGCCCCAUCGCUCAUACGCCGGGUGUGCGCGACAUUCCUCGCGUACCUUCUCGACCACCGCCGGCGCAACCACGUCCAAUCGAUCGUCAAUCUGUUUGCUCGCGCACAAGCACAAUACCUGUUCCCCGGGAGUGUCCGCAACAAGGGGAAACACGUCUUGGACGAUAGAGGCCUUGUUCGCUGGUGGUGCAAGACCCUGAACCCGCUUAUGGAGGGGCUGAGCAGGGAGCCAUGGGCCAGCACCAAGGCUUACCUGCUUGUGCCUGGGCUGGAAGAGGGGGAAUCACGGGCCUUCAUACCGCGGACAACAGCGAGCCUGGCGAAUUGGGUCGUCGGUCAUCCCCUCGAACGCAUCUCCCACUACACUGGCGAGUUUGACUGGGUUCCUCCACGAUGUCUCAUCCCUAGCUAUCCAGACGAUCCGAAAUCGCGAUUCCGUGACGAGCUCGACGAGGAAAUUUCCAAACGCAAGCGGGACAUUGGAGCUUGGAAGAGCGUCAAGUCGCUGGAGCAGUUUUGGGAUAUGAUGGCCUUCCGUCAGGAGUGCUCCAGCGGCCGCAUGACCGGAUUCGUGUGGCUGGUUUUCGAUUCCAACCAGCCAUCCUCAAGCUCGGCAGCCCCUCCAGCAACCGACCUUGCGACCCCCAGCACCUCUUUUAGCUCCUCUUUGCCUUCGUCCAUGCCUGCAACUCCGCCUCGACGUCGCGGCGACAUCUCAUCCUAUACGCCCCGAUCAACCCCCGUCAAGGCUGCUGCUGCACCGCCAUCACCGCCACCCAAAGUCUCCAGAAAGAAAGCAAAGAAGAAGCUGUCGGGCCCCGUCGUGCCGCGCGCGCCAAAGGUCAAGACACAUGCGCGCAGUUACCUCGUCGACCGACCCACCGCAACGGCAUACUAUUACUGGCCACCAGAGGGGCGCGGAGACAAGAUGGUGGACGAAGCAGCAUACAAGCGCAUUGUCGAGUUGCUUCUCCACUUGGACUUUUCGACCAUCGACAAGGCCAUUGGCAGUUCUCGGCGAUGGCUCGACGAAGCCGGCAUGGGUGAGGGGGCGGAAGGGGGUACCGUCGGCCGGGCAAUCAUUUCCGACUCGCUGGGAGUCAGCGGGCCCCCGCCCAGUGCCACUGGCAGCAGCGUGAUAAACCUGACUGGGCUGAUCAGGAGGAAGAAGGCGUCCGAGUCGUCCGACACCGGUGCAACUCACAACCAGAACUCGCCGUUAAAGGUUUUGAAUGGACUCCCUGCCGAGCCACAACAGGUAAAUAUUCUUGGCGCCAAUCUGGUGCGGAAGAAGAAGGAUGUCGCAGGUUUAGAUAGCGCGGGAACUUCGAGUAGGUGAUAUCCAGGCCGGCCGGUGGUGCCAAGCAUGGUUCGUCGAUGUUUCCUCGAGCCGCUCAUGGGUUCUCAGAUCGCGAUCACCGGCUUCUACACGAAAACAGACGUACCUUAUGGAGGGUGACAGGGCACACUUUGGAUACCACCCCUUUCGGGUCAUACCCUGCCAUCAACGGCCGAAAACCAAAGCGACGUCGAUUGGGUUCUGAUACAGGGUAUUCCUCUUGGGUUCGUACAAGUGCGAUGAACUAUGCGCGCCUAGCUGACUGAUUAUUUACCGAUGGAUACAAGCGCGGUGUCAAUGCAAAUAACAUCACAAUGUUCAAAC